UUGCUAAGCAUCAAAGGCAAUUACAGUCUCAACGUGAACAGCAAGAAGCUCCAGUCCUACAGUGUUAAGCACAUAAAAUAAAAAAUCCAAAAUGUUCAAAUACGCUGUUGUUCUCUUUGCCAUCCUCGCCUGCGCUGCGGCCAAACCGCACAUUCUUGCUGGCGCUCCUGUGGCUUUUGCUGCUCCAGCUCCGGUGAUCACCGCCACCAGUAGUCAAGUUGUGGCACGCAAUCAUAAUGGCAUCGCUUUCGCUCCAGUUGUCGCACCAGCAGCCAUUGCUCCCGUGGCUCCACUCGCUAAAGUUGUCGCUCCCGUCGCUGCUGCUCCAUUGGCUGCACCAAUCGCACCUCUUGCCGCACCAGCACCUUUGAUUGCUCGCUAUGCUGCUGCUCCUGCACCAUUGGUCGCCCGUUAUGCUGCUGCUGCUGCGCCCUUCGCCUACUCAGCUCCUUUGGCCGCUUCUUAUGCUGCACCGGCUGCUGCUUUCUCAUAUGCUCCUGCCUACGCACCUACCUUGCGUUAUGCUGCUGCUGCCCCGGCUCUGUGGUAAUUUAACGACUCCGAAAACCUGCAAUAGACUGUGAUAGUUCUAAUCGAUUACAAAACAUUAAGAUAAUAAAGAUAAAGAAAAUUAAA